AUGGGAGAUAACACUGCUUCAAGGGACCAUAUUCAUUCCAACCCAGCUUUUGAUGUUGCUGUUAUGGAAGGAGGCUCCAAGCUCUUUAAUGAUGAUGGUCGUCCCAGGACUGGAAAUGUUGUGACUGCAACUGCUCACAUAAUCACUGCUGUGAUUGGUUCUGGGGUGUUGUCAUUGGCUUGGGCAAUUGCUCAGCUUGGCUGGGUUGUUGGUCCUAUUGUGAUGGUCAUGUUUUCUGUAGUGACCUACUACACUUCAUGUCUUCUCGUUGCUUGUUAUCGUGACCCCGUCUCUGGCAAAAGAAACACUACUUACUCUGCUGCUGUUCGAAACCACCUUGGUGGAUUUAAGUACAAAGUUCUUGGAAUUGUUCAGCGCGUGAACCUUUUCGGAACUACCAUUGGCUACACCAUCACAGCAUGUAUAAGCAUGGUUGCAAUACGAAGGAAUUCCUGCUUGCAUAAGCAUGGUGCAGCUGCACCAUGCCUGGUAAACAGCAACCCCUACAUGAUUGCUUUUGGCAUCACUGAAAUUAUAUUAUCUCAAAUUCCAAAUUUUCACGAGUUGUCGUGGCUAUCUACUAUUGCUGCAAUCAUGUCAUUUACAUACUCAGGGAUUGGACUUGCCCUUGGAAUCGUUAGAGUUGCACAAACUGGAACAAUCAAGGGAACUCUUUCAGGAGUAAGCAUUGGACUUCAUGUGACUCAGGCCGAAAAAGUAUGGAGGAUCUUCCAGGCACUUGGUGAUAUAGCUUUUGCUUACUCAUUUGCUAUCGUCCUCAUUGAAAUUGAGGACACGGUCAGAUGUCCUCCAGCAGAAGCCAAGACAAUGAAGAAAGCUAGUACAAUUAGUUUAUCAGUGACAUCCGUUUUCUACAUUUUGUGUGGUUGCUUUGGUUAUGCUAGUUUCGGAGAUUUAGCCCCUGGAAACCUCCUCACCGAUAAAGGCUUCCUUAACCCGAGUUGGCUUAUUGACGUCGCCAAUGCUGCCAUAGUUAUCCAUCUUAUUGGAGCAUACCAAGUUUUCGCACAGCCCCUUUACGCAUUCGUUGAGAAAAAAGCAGCACAGCUUUUCCCACAUAGUCAUUUCAUCACCAAAGAAAUCGACAUCCCUAUCCCUGGUUUCAGUUACUACAAGCUUAACCUCUUCAGACUGGUCUGGAGGACACUUUAUGUGAUUUUAACGACUUUGUUAUCCAUGAUCUUCCCGUUCUUCAAUGGCGUGGUUGGAUUUCUCGGCGCUUUGGGGUACUGGCCUAUGUCAAUAUACUUCCCUGUGGAGAUGUACAUUGCGCAAAAGAAGAUACCAAAGUGGAGCACAAGAUGGCUUUGCCUUCAAAUUCUAAGUCUUUCUGUGCUGGUUAUAGCUUUACUAGCUGCUGUUGGCUCGGUUGCUGGUGUGGUUGAGAGUCUCAAAGAUUACAAGCCAUUCAGGACCAGCACUUGA